AUGACAAUACCAAUAAGUUCCUCAACUUGUGAGAGGAGUUUUUCGGCAAUGCGCAGAAUUAAAACUUGGCUUCGAACUUCUAUGUUGCAAGAACGGUUCAAAAACACAUCAAUAUUUCUGUUUAAUACAGCCAAUUUAAAAGAUUUCCUAAGGUCGAAAAGGUUAGAGUGGGCUGGCCAUGUUUGGCGUGCAGAGAGUGGAUUGAUAAGACAGGUACUCAUCAACAAACCAAAUAAAAAACGACCUGUAGGAAGGCCAAGACAACGGUGGUUGGACCGAGUAAAGGACGACCUGAAGAGUUUAAGCAAUGGAGCUAGUAUUGAGGAUGCAAAGGAUCGAGAAGUUUGGAGAACUUUGGUAGAAGCUGUGAAGCGCCUAAAUGGCGCGUAA